CGGAGAGCGGAUCUCCCACCGGCUCAGAGGCUAGGCAGAGGAGACAUCCGUACACUCAUCAUCCUUGUCUCUCCAUCUCUCUAUCCAUCCAUCCAUCUAUCCAUCCAGGUGAUCACUCCAUUCCGCAGGCUCAUCCUCUGUGCGGAGAACAGGAAAGAGAUGGAGGACUGGAUCAGCUCGCUGAAGUCCGUCCAGUCCAGAGAGCAUUACGAGGUAAGACCCGAUCCAUUCUUUCUUCUCUAUAGCAACAGAUCCACGGCCUGUGUGAGAGCGAGAUAGAAAGAGGGUCGAGAAUAAGAGAGGAGGCAUGGAGAGGGGGAAGGAGAGAAUUGGGAAAAGGAGAGGAGACGGAAUGAGAAGGAGAGAGGUGGUAUGCAGGGUGUUGCAGAAAACAAUAGAUAUUUGAUCUGAGCAUUGGUUUACUGUGGAGGCUUAUGAUGAUGUCAGUUGUUGCUGUUUGGAGUGCCGUUAUAUUUUGUUGUGAUAUUGCUGUGUUUCUAUUGUUUAUUUUGGAGAUGUGUGUGAGCGGCAGGGUAGUGUAGUGUACGCAGUGGGGCCCGUGCUCUGUAGCGUGCAGUAGACUGGAACAUCUAUUUCACCCACUGAGGGUGGUCGUGGCUGCCCAGCUCACAGGAGGCAUACACACAUGCAUAUGCACACACACACUCACGUACACACACGCGCACGUGCGCGCACACACACACACACAGACAUACACACAUAAACUCAAAGCAGUCUCACCAAACAGUGUUGUAUAUACAGAAAGGCUUUACAGGUUUUUACCAUCUAGUGUCUGUCUCCGCUCUCCUUACUCUCUGUGUGUCUUCCCUUACGGAAAAACCACAUGAUUUCACAUGUUACAUUUCUACAUGUUUUGCACUCAUGUGGAAUCAUGUGAAACCAUGUGGUUUUGGAACACUUCACAUGUGAUGAUAUUUCACAUUAAGUUUCACAUGUGGAUUUUCACAUGAUCACAUAACCUUUCACAUCUGAAACCAUGUGGUUUUGGAACACUUUGCACGUGAUGAUAUUUCAAAAUGUUAUUUCACAUAUGGAUAUAUUUCACAUGAGAUUUCACAGGUGAUGCCCUGCAAACAGAAAUUAGUCAUUAGGAUGUCCACGAAACCUCACGCAAUUGCAGUGUUUACAAUUUACAUAUUUGACAUACACUACAUGACCAAAAGUAUGUGGACACCUGCUCCUGUCCACAUCUCAUUCCAAAAUCAUGGGCAUUAAUAUGGAGUUGGUCCACCCUUUGCUGCUAUAACAUCCUCCACUCUUCUGGGAAGGCUUUUCACUAGACGUUGGAACAUUGCUGCGAGGACUUGCUUCCAUUCAGCCACAAGAGCAUUAGUGAGGUCGGGCACUGAUAAUGGGCAAUUAGGCCUGGCUCGCAGUCGAUGUUCCAAUUUAUCCCAAAGGUGUUCGAUCGGGUUGAGGUCAGGGCACUGUGCAGGCUAUUCAAGUUCUUCCACACUGAUCUCGACAAACCAUUUCUGUAUGGACCUCACUUUGUGCACGGGGGCAUUGUCAUGCUGAAACAGGAAAGGGCUUUCCCCAAACUGUUGCCACAAAGUUGGAAGCAAAGAAUCGUUUAGAAUGUAAUUGUAUGCUGUAGCGUAAACAUUUCCCUUCACUGAAACUAAGGGGCCUAGCCCGAACCAUGAAAAACAGCCCCAGACCAUUAUUCCUCCUCCAAACUUUACAGUUGGCACUAUGCAUUGGGGCAGGUAGCGUUCUCCUGGCAUCCGCCAGGGACUGCCAGAUAAUGAAGCGUGAUUCAUCACUGCAGAGAACGUGUUUACACUGCUCCAGAGUCCAAUGGCGGUGAGCUUUACACCACUCCAGCUAAUGCUUGAUAUCGCGCAUGGUCAUCUUAGGCUUGUGUGUGGCCACUCAUCCAUGGAAACCCAUUUCAUGAAGCUCCCGACGAACCGUUAUUGUGCUGACGUUGCUUCCAGAAGCAGUUUGGAACUCGGUAGUGAGUGUUGCAACCGAGGACAGACGAUUUUUACACGCUAUGUGCCUUCAGCACUCAGCAGUCCCAUUCUGUGCACUUGUGUGGCCUACCACUUCGUGGCUGAGCUGUUGUUGCUCAUAAACAUUUCCACUUCACAAUAACAGCACUUACAGUUGACCGGGGCAGCUCUAGCAGGGCAGAAAUUUGACGAACUGACUUGUUGGAAAGGUGGCAUCCUGUGAUGGUGCCACGUUGAAAGUCACCCUUCAGUAAGGCCAUUUUACUGAUCAUGUUUCCUAUGGAGAUUGCAUGGCUGUGUGCUUGAUUUUAUACACCUGUAAGCAACGGGUGUGGCUGAAAUAGCUGAAUCCACUAAUUUGAAGGGGUGUCCAUAUACUUUUGUGUAUAUAUAUAGUGUACAUGACUACAUUGUGUAUGUUUAUUUAUACAGUAAUUAUUAUUCAACAUGUCCUUACCUGGGAUUUGAACUCAUAACCUCUUGGUUUACGCCAUUCCAAUAUUCCUGCUAUGCCACCAUGUCUGUGUCAAAAACGAAUUUCACCUGUAUUUCUACACUUUGGAAAUCUCAGCUUUGUUAAAAAUACACUCAAGAAAAACGAUUAUAUUUAUCACAGUGAUUCAGGAGUAACAUUAAAACAGAAUAAUAUAUCCCACCAACAUUAGACAACUAUACAGAAAACCCUCAAAUUGCUGAAAUAAGUAAAUGUAAUCAAUGAUGAGAGAAUAGUCAGAUUAACCUAAGUGCAAAGAUGUAUAAUAGGUAAUGAAUCUGGAGGGGACUCUGUGGCACAGCAGAAAGAUCAGCAUACCCCAAAUCCAGAGGUUGUGAGUUCAAAUCCCAGGUGGGGUCAUAUUGAAAAGUCAGCACUAAGUGAUCAUGUCAAAUGUAAUCAUGUUGAUUAGAGAUGUUUACACUAUUUUAUCUGAGCAGCGUACCACUUACCUUAAACCUCCCAUACCAUUUCAUUACUUUCCUGACAAAAAAAAAACGUUUGAAAUGUGCAUAUACACAUGUGAAUUCAUAUUUGUUGUGAAAUCCCAUUUCACAAAUUUCACAUUUGAGCUGAAAUUUCCACAUGUGAAAACGAGACGGGAGGUCAGUUAGUUGUUGACGUGAAACUAUAUGUUCACAUGUAUUAAAUUUAGAGUUCACAUGUUAACACCACCUUUUCACAUGUGAGGAAAAUAAUAUGUUUUUGAAAUGUGCAGUUUCAAAUGUUAAAAACUUUCACGUGAAAACUUAACUAUCACAUGUGGAAAAACAUUCACGUGAAAAUCGAAUUUGCGGUUUUACAUGUGAAAAAUGGUUAAAAUGUCACGUGUAGUUUCAAGGUUUCACAUGUUGAAAUGUUGCAUCCAUGUUGUCACAUGUUUUCACAUGAGAUCAUGUUUUCAUAUGUGUAGUUUCAUGUUAUUACAUGUUGCUUUUACAUGUUGACACAUGUUAGCACAUUAACUUCACAUAAGAUCAUGUGAUCACAUGAAAUUACAUGUGAAACGUGAUCACAUGUCAAAUUCAUGUGGUUUUCCCGUAAGGGUUAGGACUCACUUGAUGAAGGAAAAAGAGCUUGGCACAAAAUAAUCCCUCAUAUCCUCUCUAACGAACCAAUUCAUCUUAUUACAACAGACAAAUAAGAGUGGCUGUUUGAUAUUCAUGCUUAAAAACAAUCAUUGUAAAAUCUCUACAUCAAGAUGAUUAUAACAGCAUUGCCAUUUAGAAAUGAUCAUUUUAAAAAUGUUUUGCCGUGACAAGAAACAUAUUACUGUUGAUUGUGGAUGACUGCAAUGCUAGUCUCCAGGCAGAUACAGGAUAUACUGUACAGUAGUGUGCCAGCACUGCAUAUUAAUGCCUUUGAUGUGGGAAUGAAAGAUGAUAUAAGAUUGUUUCCCUCUCUACCCCCUCUCCUCUCCACUGCAAUGCAGUAGCACCCCAGAGCCAUAGAGUAGAGCUACAGGUUCAGGAAACUAUACUCCCAUGUUGGAACCACAGGUUCCAUUCUAAUAGGGGGCGGGAAGGAUAGAUGGUAUGUUUGUAUGUGUGUGUCUGUGUGGUAUGAAUCCACAAACAUAUGUAAAAUGGAUAAUGGGCCAUUUUGGUAAUGAAGCCCUUUUUCUACUUACCCAGAGUCAGAUAAUGUCUCUGUGUGCAGUUUGAAUGUAGUUUCUGAGCCAUUGCUAAAUUAUUGUCUCAAGGAAAAACUAGCUAGCUCCUCUCAAAAGAAGGGAAAAAACCUUCUAACUACUCUAAAGGUUGGUCAUUUCUAGUCUUUCAAAGCUGCUAUCAAGUAGUUGCCAAAAUGUUGCACUAUCCCUUUAAGUAAAGAUUUUGUUUAUUAAAGUAUGGUUAAAUCUUUCUUCUAAUCUACAUUGUAAAAGUAUGAAAUUAUUGUAUAAAGUAUAGUAAAAUAAUGUCAAAUGAAGUCAAUGUUUGCAAAUGCUUGUGUAAAAUGCUUGUGUAUAGGCUCUAUUUUGCUCACCCCAAACAGCACUGAGCUGUGCAAAAACAUUGUACAUUGUACACUGCAGUGCAAUUUUUAUUUAAAAAAAUCCCACUUUUCUUUAACUAUGUCUUUGAGAAAUAAGAAUUUCAGUAAAUGGUGUGAAAAUGCAUUACACACAAUUCAAUCAAUGUUUACUAGAUGUGGAACACCCUUUGGAUACUGUGCCAUCUAUUUCUACGGUUCUAUUCAAAAUGUUAAAGGUCCAAUGAAGACAUUUUUAUCUCAAUAGAAAAGCAUUUCUGGGGAAGAAUUAAGUACUUUACUGUGAUUAUUUUAGAUUAAAAUUGUCAAAAAUAAACAAAAAUAGCUUCUUAGCUAAGAGCAAUUCUCAAGCAGGAAUUUUGCUAGGACUGUCUGGGAGUUGUCUGAGUGGGAAGGGAAAACUGAAAAUGUUUUAGAAAGGUUUGGAACUCUCUUUCUUAUUGGUCUAUUAACUAAUUUACCGCAUGGUGAUGACACCAUGGAAGGUCAAAACUCUGUCCUAAAAAAGGCUGAAAUUUCAGGCGGUCUUUUCAAACAUCUUUUACACUAAACGGGCAUUAUCAUCAUUUUCACAAUUUCACAGUAUUAUUCCAACCUCAUAGUGUAGAAAUAUAUAUAAAACACAGUAAAAAAUGUUUUGACUGCACUGGGCCUUUAAGAUAAUUUGUGCCAUUCUGUAUUUUCCAAAUGUUAUGGUUAUUUCUCUCAGUCUGUGUUUUUUAACAUGAGCAAAAUGGAGCCUAAUGUGCAAAGUAUAGUACCUGACUGUAUAUCCUGGUGUUGCCAACCUGAUUUAACCUUUCGUUUGCCAGACAGCACAGUUUAAUGUGGAACAUUUCUCAGGGAUGCACAACUGGUAUGCCUGCUCCCACGCACGCCCCACCUUCUGUAACGUCUGUAGAGACAGCCUCUCUGGCGUCACCUCCCACGGCCUGUCCUGCGAAGGUAAGACGCACCCACACACACGCGCGCGCACAUUUCUGUUUUAUCUUUGCUAACACCUCUCCUCCUGACCUAUCUGUCCAUCCCUCCUCCAACGUCUCUCCAUCUCCUCAUUAAUGGACCAGCGAGAAGCAUGCCACUGCUCUGUGUUUGCCUUAGUGCUGUGUGUCCCUCCUGGGCUGUGGUAGUUUUAAUCAGUCCUGGAGAGGUGGAGGAGAGUGGAGAUAUAGGACUGGGGCUGUACAAUGGGGAAUAGGACUUACUUACUUAUUCCUCUUCCCUCCCUGUGGAGUAUAAAGUCGCAACAAGCCCACCAUCCAGGGAAUAGGUCUAUAAGCUCAUAGUAGGGCAGCGCUGGGGGCGGUUCAAUUUAAGUAUCCAUUCAAUACUAUGCUAUGAUUUCCCUCCGGAUCGAUUAAGAAUAGUAGGGCAGAGCUGUGCAGGAGCUGAAUGAUAGGAGAUUGGUGUAUUAGCUAGAGCGGUAAGGUGUGGGUUGAGAAGAGCGUGCGAUUUGUCCUAGACGUUGUAGUGUCCUCUUUGCUGGCUAGCCUACUGUGAGAGGCUAAUGAUAACCCAUUAAUUGCUCUGAAAUGAAGGGCUUCCUCCUUGAAGCAUCCUCAAAGGCUAUUAUGGGUGUGUGUGUGUGUGUGUGUGUGUGUGUGUGUGUGUGUGUGUGUGUGUGUGUGUGUGUGUGUGUGUGUGUGUGUGUGUGUGUGUGUGGUGUGUUGUGUGUGUUUGCCUGGAUCAUAGACUACUCCAUACACAUAACCCUAGCAUAUUUUCUAUCUCUCCCAUCUCCAGUCUUCUACAUUAUACAUCCUUUAUAGUUCGAGAUGAUAAAAAUGUGGAAGGUUAGACUAAUCACACACAAACACGCACACUCACACUUUCUCACACACACUCACACACACACAACAUACACACACUUGCAGAUGAUGUGAAGCGCUAUAGGCUAAUUAGCAUUAUAAUAUUCAUAUGGUGUUCAUUAUGGUUGUCUGACUCACAGGCUCCUUAUAUGAAACCAGGAAGUGGUGUAUAAAUAGUACUGGUAUAUAAAUGGUUGGUUACGCUGUUCCUUCACAGCUUAGGUGUGGAUAGAUGGAGCAGUCUAAAACAGAGCCGAAUGGAACACUAGCAGUUGCGUCAUUCCCACUCUUUUCUAUUAAAACAGUUAGGUAUGAAUCAUAUAUAUAUAUAUAUAUAUAUAUAUAUAUAUAUAUAUAUAUAACCUUUAUUUUACCAGGCAGGUCAAUUAAAUAAAUUGGUCAUUUAGCAGACGCUCUUAUCCAGAGCGAUUAAGAGCAUUAGGGUUAAGUGCCUUGCUCAAGGGCACAUCGACAGAUUUUUCACCUAGUCGGCUUGGGGAUUAGAACCAGCGACCUUUCGGUUACUGGUACAACGCUCUUAACCACUAAGCUACCUGCCGCCCUAUACAAAUUAUUAUUUACAAUGACAGCCUGGCAAAAGGCCUCCUGUGGGGCAAGGGGCGGGGAUUAAAAGUGAAAGACAAGAUGGACAACAUAGACAAAACACACUUGGCAACAGCACAGAUACAUCAUUUUACAUUGACAUUUUAGUCAUUUAGCAGAUACUCUUAUCCAGAGCGACUUACAGGAGCAAUUAGGGUUAAGUGCCUUUCGGUUACUGGCCCAACGUUCUUAACCGCUAGGCUACCUCAGACAGAAACAAAGCACAUGAAGACAAGAUACACCACCAUGCUACAUGAAGAGAGACCUAUGGCAACAACACAACAUGUCACAAGCUUUAAUAAGGGCAGACAACAGCACAAGGGAUAUUUAAUCUGUUAGGGAGAAAAACAUAUUGAGUCAUAAUAUUCAGAGGCUGUGUGUGGCCGUCAGACAGUCUAAUUUAUUUUACCAUUUUUGUCAUUUAGCAGACGCUCUUAUCCUUAGUGAGUGCAUACAUAUUUUAUUUUUUUACAAAAAUCAUACUGGUACCCCGUGGGAAACGAACCCACAACCCUGGCGUUGCAAACGCCAUGCUCUACCAACUGAGCUACACGGGACUAAUAAACGAUGUCUCUCUCUCCCUCUCCGCCUCAGUCCUUGAUUAGAGGGUUAGGAUCCUAAAUGGAACUGGCUUCCAGGUCCAGAUUUGAAUUUGCCUUGUCUAGGGUAUCGGAUCAUUAGCUUCUUCUGAUUCAUUCUGAUUGCAUUGUUGUGGCUUCAUGAAAGAAUGACUGCUACAUGGCUCACGAGUAGCAUCUCGCUUUUGUAGAGAACAUUACUUUUUGGGACAUUGGACCAUGUGCUGAUCUCUAUCUUUCAACUGAUAAUACAACACCUACUGUAGACACAGCUUGAUGUGUGUGUGUGUGAGUGAAAGUGAGUAGUGAUGAGUGAGUGAGUGAGUGAGUGAGUGGAGUGCGGGAGUGAGUGAGGAGUUAUUGAGAGAGAGAGAGAGAGAGAGCGACGCGAGAAAGAGCAGCUGAGGAGAGAGAGAGAAGAGAGUUCGAGAAGAGCGAUCUGAAGAGAGGUAGGAGUCGACGAUCGAUCUCUCUCGCGCUCGCGCAGUCAUCCUCUCGAGGGCGAAUCUCGAGAGCCGAUGCGCUUUCUCCGUGAGAGAGAGAGAGAGAGAGAUUCUUAAGUGGUGAGAACAGCUAGACCGACAGUUUCACAGCAAUCAGAGCUACUUAUGUUUUACUUCGAUUUCCUGCACAGGACGAUCGAUAGGAAUUGAUGUAUGUGUCACACACACACCUCCCCAACCAUCCUCUGGCUACAAACAGUCCGAAACCAGGAAAAUGAUCUCUCUCAAAACAAACAUCUCAUAUCCGUCUGCAAUCAAUGUUUCUCUAAUCUAACUCUAAAUGCAUUUAGUAGAACAUUUAGUAACAUUAAGAGAACACAAUGUUUAUCACAGUCUGCCAAUGGCAAGGAGUGACACUGGCCAAUUAGUCUUGGUGUCUCGGUGUGCGUGUUUGUGUGUCCACACGUGUCUGCAUGUGUGCAUGUGUUCGCAUCUGCAGGUUGUUUCGACAGUGGAACUUUCCAAGUCCAGUAAUUUUAUGGUUGGCUGUUAAGUGCCUCCUCAUCUAUAAUUGUUAUACACUGAACAAAAAUAUAAGUGCAACAUGCAACAUUUUUUUUUGAUUUUACUGAGUUACAGUUCAGACAAGGAAAUCAGUCAAUUGAAAUAAAUGUAUUAGGCCCUAAUCUAUGGAUUUCACAUGACUGGGAUUACAGAUAUGAAUAUGGUUGGUCACAGAUACCUUGAAAAAAAAGGGCGUGGAUCAGAAAACCAGUCAGUAUCUGGUGUGACCACCAUAUGUCUCAUGCAGCGCGACACAUCUCCUUCACAUAGAGUUGAUCAGGCUGUUGAUUGUGGCCUGUGGAAUGUUGUCCCACUCCUCUUCAAUGGCUGUGUGAAGUUGCUGGAUAUUGGCGGGAACUGAAACACACUGUCGUACACAUCGAUCCAGAGCAUCCCAAACAUGCUGAAUGGGUGACAUGUCUGGUGAGUAUGCAGGUCAUGGAAUAACUGGGACAUUUUCAGCUUCCAUGAAUUAUGUAUAGAUCCUUAUGACAUGGGGCAUUGCAUUAUCAUGCUGAAACAUGAGGUGAUGGCGGCGGAUGAAUGGCACGACAAUGGGCCUCAGGAUCUUGUCACGGUAUCUCUGUGCGUUCAAAUUGCCAUCGAUAAAAUGCAGUUGUGUUUGUUGUCCGUAGCUUAUGCCUGCCUGCCUGCCUGCCUGCCCAUACCAUAACCCCACCGCCACCAUGGGGCACUCUGUUCACAAUGUUGACAUCAGCAAAUCACUCGCCCACACAACGCCAUCUGCCCGGUACAGUUGAAACCGGGAUUCAUCCGUGAAGAGCGCACUUCUCCAGCGUGCCAGUGGCCAUCAAAGGUGAGCAUUUGCCCACUGAAGUCGGUUACGAUGCCGAACUGCAUUCAGGUCAAGACCAUGGUGAGGACGACGAGCACGUAGAUGAGCUUCCCUGAGACGGUUUCUGAAAUUCUUCGUUUGUGCAAACCCACAGUUUCAUCAGUUGUCCAGGUGGCUCAUCUCAGACCAUCCAGGUGAAGAAGCCGGAUGUGGAGGUCCUGGGUUUGGUGUGGUUACACGUGGUCUGCGGUUGUGAGGCCGGUUGUACGUACUGACAAAAUCUCUAAAACAAUGCUGGAGGCAGCUUAUGGUAGAGAAAUGAACAUUCAAUUCUCUGGCAACAGCUCUGGUGGACUUUCCUGAAGUCAGUAAGCCAAUUGCACGCUCCCUCAAAACUUUAGAUAUCUGUGGCAUUGUGUUGUGUGAAUGGCCUUUUAUUGUCCCCAGCACAAGGUGCACCUGUGUAAUGAUCAUGCUGUUUAAUCAGCUUCUUGAUAUUCCACACCUGUCAGGUGGAUGGAUUAUCUUGGCAAAGGGAAAAUGCUCACUAAAAGGGAUGUAAACAAAUUUGUGCACAAAAUUGGAGAGAAAUAAGCUUUUUGUCAUAUGGAGCAUUUCUAGGAUAUUUUAUGUCAGCUCAUGAAACGUGGGACCAACACUUUACAUGUUGUGUUUAUAUUUUUGUUCAGCAUACAUUAUGGGCCUUCUCCACUAACUGUGGUGGCGAGAUAUAAAAUAUUCAGUUUACAUUUAGCAGACUGCCCUUAUGCAAAGCCACUCACAAUAAGUACAUUCAAAGACUAUACAAUAAGUGCCUUACAGGCCGGCCCUCAUUUAUAGACUGUAUACAGUGCAUUCGGAAAGUAUUCAGACAUCUUGACUUUUUCCACAUUUUGUUAUGUUACAGCCUUAUUCUAAAAUGGAUUAAAUUGGUUUUUUCCUUCAUCAAUCUACACACAAUCCCCCAAAAACAUGUUUUUAGAAAUUGUUGCAAAUGUAUAAUAAUUUAAAAAAAUGAAAUAUCACAUUUACAUAAAUAUUCAGACCCUUAACUCAGUACUUUGUUGAAGCACCUUUGGCAGCGAUUACAGCCACAAAUCUUCUUGGGUAUGACGCUACAAGCUUGGCACACCUGUAUUUGGGGAGUUUCUCCCAUUUUUCUCUGCAGAUCCUCUCAAGCUCUGUCAGUUUGAAUGGGGAGCGUCCAAUUUUUUAUACAUUUGCUAAAAUUUCUACAGACCUGUUUUCGCUUUGUUAUUGUGGGGUAUUGUGUGUAGAUUGAUGAUGGAAAAAAAUAUUUAAUCAAUUUUAGAAUUAAGGCUGUAACGUAACAAAAUGUGAAAAAAGUUGAGGGGUCUGAAUACUUUCCGAAUGCACUGUAUAUGAAUAGAUGUAUAGUAUUGUGGUGGCAGAAUUUGGAGUUUUCCACAACCGUAUGUUACAUAGUCCCUCUCUUACUUAGGUUCCUCUCAUGCAUACAGAAUUGGGUUUUACAGUUCAUAUUGUUUUGAGUAGGCUCGUGACAGGGAUACAGACGGUAUAUUCCAUGCCUCUGACACUUGCGUUCUCUGUGAUGUGAGUGGUGAUGUAAUGCAGUGGUUCCUAAAACGUGCGUUAUUUUGGUGUGUGGUAACAAUAGGUACUCUCUGGUACUUUUAAUAAACUAAUUCAACACAAUUGUCCCAAAUUAUGCCUAUACUUGUCAAAACCCUUAAAAAAUACCUUCAUAGGCUAUUACUGUAUAAUUACCAUUAUAAACUGGGUGGUUCGAGCCCUGAAUGCUGAUUGGCUGACAGCCGUGGUAUAUCAGACAGUAUACAACGCGUAUGAAAAAAUAUUUAUUUUUACAGCUCUAAUUAUGUUGGUAACCAGUUUAUAAUAGCAAUAAGGCACCUCAGGGGUUUUUGGUAUAUGGCCAAUAUACCACGGCUAAGGGCUGUGUCCAGGCAUUCUGCGUUGCGUCAUGCAUAAGAACAGCCCUUAGCUGUGGUAUUUUGGCCAUAUACCACACCCCCUCGGGCCUUAUUGCUUAAUGUUACCUCAUAAAAAUCGGGCAAUUUCAGUAGGGUAAAACUACCCUGAUACUGAAAGGUCGCUGGUUCGAAUACCCGAGCAGCAAUGGUGAAAAAUCUAUCGAUGUGCCCUUGAGCAAAGCACCUAACCCCAAUUUGCUCCAUGGGCACCUUCCUACUAUGGCUGACCCUGUAAAACAUUGCACUGCACUUAUCCGGUCGGUGUAUGUGACAAUAAAACAUCUAUCAGUGUCAGUGUGUGAGCCUGCUGGUGUUGCCAGGGUGAUUAUAGCUAUGGCUUUAAUACUGUAAUCCUCUAGGACAUUAGAGGGCUAUAGGCAUAUGGAGCUGUAUGUAAAGGCUCACACGCAAGCACACAGGCACAGAGGGCUGGUGCUAGAAUUAAGUGGAUUAGCUCUGGUCCUCUGUCUGUUAAACACACAGGCAGAUAUGGCAAAAUGACAGAGAGCGCUAGCUUAGGAUGGGGCUCAGUCACUGGACAGUCACUGCCCUCGUUGCGCAUUUAGACACACACUCGUCAGGCAGGGUUAGAACUGGGGACUGAAGCACAUUUUCUUGUUGAUUUUUGGUGUGUUUGUGUGUGGGUGUAUUUGGUUUGUAGCCCACCUAUCACCAAACACCUCUCCUCUGUCUGUUUAUUUAUCCUCUCUCACUGUAGUGUUGAACAUGAUGCUCUGUGUUGUUGUUGUUGACCAGACUAAUGAGGUGUGUUUGUUGUUUGCGUUUGUUUUCCAGUGUGUAAAUUCAAAGCUCACAAGCGGUGUGCCGUCAGGGCCACUAACAACUGCAAAUGGACCACACUGGCCUCCAUAGGGAAAGACAUUAUCGAAGACGAGGAUGGGGUGAGUGUGUGUGUGUGUGCGUGUGUGUAUUCAUCUGUGUGUGUGUGUGUACGUAUGCAUGUGUGUAUCCUUGUGUACAUACUUGUGUGUGUGUAUCUGUGUGUACAUGCUUGUGUGCAGCAACAGAUGGCGUGAAAAGGUAGAAAAUAUAAUAAUAUAUUGAUAUACCUGAUAAACUGACUGACUCUCGAUUCCUGUCCUGUAGAUUGCCAUGCCCCACCAGUGGCUGGAGGGGAAUCUGCCUGUUAGUGCCAAGUGUGCCGUGUGUGACAAGACGUGUGGCAGCGUGCUCCGGCUGCAGGACUGGCGCUGCCUCUGGUGCAAGGCCAUGGUGAGUGUGUGCGUGUGGAGUGUGUGUCUGUGUGUAUGGUGUGUGUGUGUGUGUGUGUGUUGUAACACUGACUCUGUGUUUUUCCAGGUACACACAGCUUGUAUGGACCUGUACCCCAGGAAAUGUCCCCUGGGCCAGUGUAAAGUCUCCAUCAUCCCUCCUACUGCUCUCAACAGCAUCGACUCUGAUGGUACACACACACACACACACACACACACACACACACACACACACACACACACACACACACACACACACACACACACUUCAUUACUUCAUUCAUUAUUAUUACAAUGACUGGAACAAAUUGCAAAAAUCUCUGAAGCUGGAGACUCUUAUCUCCCUCACUAACUUUAAGCAUCAGUUGUCAGAGCACCUUACUGAUCACUGCACCUGUACACAGCCCAUCUGAAAUUAGCCCACCCAACUACCUCAUCCCUAUAUUGUUAUUUAUUUAGCUCAUUUGCACCCCAGUAUCUCUAUUUGCACAUAAUCUCUUGCACAUCUAUCAUUCCAGUGUUAAUACUAAUUAUAAUUAUUUUGCACUAUAGCCUAUUUAUUGCCUUACCUCCAUAACUUGCUACAUUUGCACACACUGUGUAUAUAUUUUCUGUUGUAUUUUUUGACUUUAUGUUUUGUUUUACCCCAUAUGUAACUCUGUGUUGUUGUUUUUAUCGCACUGCUUUGCUUUAUCUUGGCCAGGUUGCAGUUGUAAAUGAGAACUUGUUCUCAACUGGCUUACCUGGUUAAAUAAAGGUAAAAAAUAAAAUAAAAAAAAGACAUUUCCUACGGGCCAUAUUGCAUUACACACCUUCUUGGAAAGGCUUACAGGAUAGUAUAGUCACAUGGGAUGUCUCUACACCCAAAUGGAGAAUGAGAGUUCUCAAUGACAAUCUUUUGUCUUCAGUAAAACACUUAUUACUGACCGGUGGAAAUUGGAGUGAUUUGCAGUGCAGAUGAAUGUUAUAAAGGAGGAUUCACCUCAUUGGCUUUGCUAAUUUCCUCUCAGAUUGACCUCUGACCUUUUAUCAUGUCACAGAGGAGGGGGGAUGAUUAAAAGAGAGAGGAAUGAAUCAUCCUCCAGACAUUCACACACACACACACACACACACACACACACACACACACACACACACAAACACACAAACACAUACACAUCCCAGCGUUGUAUUCAUUAGGACACAUAAUGGAAAUAAUUGUUUAACGUUUUGCUAAGGAAAUUAGCAUUUCUAAUAGGAAAUGUCCAGGUAGUCCCUUCCUGUUUCAGUCCCCUUUCUUCCAUUUGGUCCCUAAUGAACACAACCCAGAUUAUGGUUGCUGUAUAAAGCAGUAUCAUGUGAUGGAAACUAUGGAAGAGGAAUGUAAAUAUUAGUGUUUUCACUCUAAUAAUAUAUCACCUUCUGGUGUGGAAUUUAUACACACUCUUGUUUGCUCCCACCAGUGUGUGUGUGUGUCAGGAAAUUGUGUGUGGGUAUUUUAUUGACAGGUGUAUAAAAUAGCUAUUUCAGGCAGGUGCACAUACACACACACACAAACACAGAGUCGGGCUGAGGCCGUAUUUACUAACUUGGAAAGGUGUGAAAAAUCUCUACUCCCCCUCUAUCUCUGUUCCCGCCCCUCUCUCUCCCUCUAUCUCUGUUCCCGCCCCCCUCUCUCCCUCUAUCUCUGUUCCCGCCCCCCUCUCUUCCCUCUAUCUCUGUUCCCGCCCCUCUCUCUCCCCCUAUCUCUGUUCCCACCCCUCUAUCUCCCUCUAUCUCUGUUCCCACCCCUCUAUCUCUCCAUAUAUCCCCAUGUUUCCCUCCCUUCUCUCUCCAUGUAUUCCCCUCUCCCUCUUUUCCUCUCCUUUUCUUUCUUCCAAAUAUCUUCCUCCCCCUCUCUUCAAUGUCUUCAACCCCUCCCCCCUUCACAUGCCAGGAUUUCCCCUCGCCCCAGUGCAGGCUUGAGAAGGCUCUAAUCUAAUUGGCUGCUGGCUGACUGUGGCAUGUGCUGAAACGUUGUGACUUUCCUCCCCCUCUCCUCUCCCAUCUCUGCUCCACCGCUGCCAAGAUCAGAGAGAGAGAAGGUGGGAAAGAGAGAGAGAGAGGGAUAGAAAGAUGGAAUGAGAAGAGAGGCAAAAGGAGAAGGGCAACAUAAUGAUGGAGAGAGAAGAGAGGCAAAGAGAUGUGGAGGAUGGAGAGAGCAAAGGACAAAGAGAUGUGGAGGAUGGAGAGAGCAAAGGACAAAGAGAUGUGGAGGAUGGAGAGAGCAAAGGACAAAGAGAGGGGGAUAGAGAGAGGGAGAAAGGAAUGACAGAAAGAAAGAGAGAGAAGGAAGAGAGAAUGAGAGUGUUGAUGGCAGCACCCCUAGGGACUGUCACCAUCCUCCCCCGCGCAAACACACAUACACACACACACACACACAUACACACACACACUCACGCACUCAAACUUAGAGCCUUUUCACACAGAGAAAUGUUGACACACAGGCGGCGUAUCAAUCUGCCAUAUGAUGAAUCCUAUAAGCGCACAGGCUUGUUGUCCACAGUGUGUCUCCUGCUUAGAAUGUGUGCUAAUACCGCCCAUGCCACACACAAGUGCACAGCCUAACUCAGUACUGUGAUGCCCCCACACAUACACACACUUUGAUGCCUCAAUGAUGUUGCUGUGUGUGGGUGUUAUGAUACAGUAGUUAAUGGGUGAUCCAGUACAGCACAUAGCAGAAUCUCUCCUUUCUUUUCAUUUCUCACAUCUCUUCCAUUAGUCACUGUGACACGGCUCAGAGUCUGGAUACUGUUAGUGUUAAUAAAUCUUGGCUUAACCAGUGGAUUUGAUAGUGAUAGUGAUAAACAAUGUGAUACAUGUGAUAGAGAUGAACAGUUAUACAUGUAAUUGCUCCUGAUGUCCUAUCUACAGUGUAUCACCAUCUACAAUAGUUCCAUACUGUAUAUCAGAUCACGUCUGCAUUUAUUAAUUACAUGUUUUAUUAGUACUACAAUGGGCUAGUACCCUUAAUAUUUUAGCACAGAUUCAUUCAUCCAUCCAUCCAUCCAUUCAGUCAUUAAUUCCUUCAUUCACUUUGUUAUUAAUUCAUCCAUUCAUUCCUGUAAUAACUGUUAUUUUGUGUAUUUGUGUUCAGGCUUCUGGAAGGCCACCUGUCCCCCAUCAUGCGCCAGUCCUCUGCUGGUCUUCGUCAACUCCAAGAGCGGAGACAACCAAGGGGUUAAAUUCCUACGACGUUUCAAGCAGCUCCUCAACCCUGCUCAGGUGUUUGACCUGGUCAAUGGCGGACCACAUCUAGGGUGAGUCGGCUUGGCUAGCACCUGCUAAUGGAAACCAUGUGGCAUCGCUAGUAAAAAAAAGUAUUCCCACGCAUAAUAAAGAGACACAUCUGAUUGUAUACAAAUGUAAGCUAGUUUUGAAAUGAUUAUGUUUUAGUUAAAUAUUAUAUCCGUUUGGGCUUCUUGCGGUCAAUUUGCAGUCUACAAAUGAUUUGUAAUUUUGUUCCAGCCUGAUUCACUGACUGAACAGCUUGUCAAAGAGAUCGCAUUUAUUUUGGGAGAUCGUUAAAUAUAACUUCUACAUUCAAUACAGGAGAUACAAAUUGAUUCAGAAGAUAAUAAAACACAUUUAUUUUAGUUACUUUUUUCUCAACUUGUUUCUAUUACUUUCUAGCACGUCAAGUUAACUUACAGAGAAGGUAGCUAGCUAGCUUUGUAGCCAUGGAGUGUAGCACCUUACAUUGUUUAGCUAAGUUACCUAGCUAGCUGGUGAACGUUUUCCUUUUGAAACCAGGGCCAGAGGAAAUCAACAUUCACCUCCAUAUGGGCAUCUGACUUUGUCUGAAAGUGGGGGUACAAAAAAGGUGUCUUAUCUUUUUUUGGCACUGUUGUUUGAAGCACUGUCACCAUUAAAAUGUAUAAACAUGUACUUGUCUCAGCAGCAUACAUAUUUGAUGCAAAGAGGGUCAAAAUUGCUUAUUUGGUCGAUAUUACUUACCAAGCCAAGCAGACCGAGCCGGCGCCAUGAUAAAGUGACUAUAGGGGCAGUUUAAAUCGGUGAGGGGGCACACUUUUUUGGGGUUCUUGCAAUGGAAUUAUAUUGAAUUCUGCUUAUGUCACACUAUACCACAAUAAACAUACGUUUCAAAUGCCGAGACUCCAAGACCAUUCAGUGCUUUUGAAGUAUCAGCACAAUGGACAGCGCCCUACUCACUAAAGGUCAUUUUGGCAAUGAAUAUAGGCUACAAGAUAGAUAGGGUAAUUAACCUAUGCAAACAACCUAUGUGAAUGCAGCCAUACACACAGCUGUCUUACCGAAAUAAUGCAAAUUAAAUGCUGAAAGUAGUAGCCUAGUUAUUCAUGCAAAACAAAAAUACUGAAUAGCAAUUUUGCUUAGAAUACCGACAAAACUAGUCUAAAUAUAGAUUGAGGUACAUUAAUGCGAACUAAUUAAUGUGAACAGAACAAAACAGCGGUAGGCCUACUAUAGGCCUAUAAACAAAAUAUCAGAUAGAUGAAGGCAUGACACAAUCUGUAUUUAGGCUAGUUACAUUAACAGUAAACAAACACAGUAAACAAAAGGUGAAUGCAAAUAGCCUAAAUAGCCUGCAGCCUACUACAGUGAGAUGCAGCCAUGCACAGCUGUCUUGCCAAAUAAAAAAGCCUACUGGCUCGCUUCAAACAUGGAAAAUCAUGCAGCUCAUGAGUUCAUCAACACGUUGCGAUAUGGCACAAUCCACUUCUGUGGAUCAAAUUCGUCCCACCUACGUAAUCAAUUAAGCAAUGCCGGCCUACCAUAAACACGUUUCCAAUACGCACAGUUCCAUUUACAACCACGAAAAGCAAUAGGCUACCAAGAAAACCAUAGAAAUAGAAUGUAGUCUUAUCUAUUUCUAUGAUUAAACAUAUCGAUAUGUAGCUAUACCCAGGGGGGUCAUUUGGGUUCUUGUAUUGGAAUUAUAUUGAAUUCUGCUUAUAUCACACUAUACCACAAUACACAUAAGUGCUGAGACCAUUGAGUGCUUUUGACCAAGAAGUGACAGGUUGGUGCGAAAUCUCCGUUGUGCUCUAUCAGCACCAUGGACACCACCCUACACACUAAGCAAGGCCAUUAUGGCAAUUAAUCUCCCGAGUGGCGCAGUGGUCUAAGGCAGUGCUAGCUGUGCCGCUAGAGAUCCUGGUUCGAAUCCAGGCUCUGUCGUAGCCGGCCGCGACCGGGAGACCCAUGGGGCCGCGCACAAUUGGCCCAGCGUCGUCCAGGGUAGGGGAGGGAAUGGCCGGCAGGGAUGUAGCUCAGUUGGUAGAGCAUGGCGUUUGCAACACCAGGGUUGUGGGUUUGAUUCCCACGGGGGGCCUGUAUGAAAAAUAAUGUAUGCACUCACUAACUGUAAGUCGCUCUGGAUAAAAAAAAUAUAUAUAUAGAAAAAUAGGCUGGCUAAAGAAGUCAUUUUGCCAUUCCAUACACGUUUUUUGCUGAAAAUGGCACCAUUGGCUAUACCACCAAGAUUUUUUUUAUCAAAAUCAACAAGCUAGAUUUUUCUUACCUUUUCAGAAGAGCUGCAGCCUCCUUGAUGCUCUGUUGAACUUCCUGAGUAAUCGAUCAUUCCAUUGUCCCAGAAAUCUUCUUGUAAGAUCCCCCUCAAAUACCAGUUGGAUUAGUUGAGUUUUCCUUGGGUGUAGCAUGCUUCAUGUGUCCUGACUGAACACGUUUGUCAAAGUGGAAAAUGAGUUCUUGCCAGUUGCCUAUCAUUAACAAGUGUUGACACUUCAAAAUGCGUGCCUAGCGAAUCCUUUGGUUCUAUCCAUAGCGGAUAUAGUAACCAUAGUUACAAUACCACCCUUGGGUGAAGGCCUUGUCUGCGUUAGCUUUGGACCCAAUACAGAACUUUCAACAGGGGAACCAAAAUGCAACAUCUGCAGUAACUGAGUAUUCCAGCCACUCUCUUCCUAUGAACCAGUUGCAAUUAAAUGAACAUUUUUGGACAGAAAACCUGCGGCUAGGGUAAGAUUCUAGGCUAACCUGGGCUAACUCCUUUGUUCCAAGAUCGUCAGGAGCAGUCGGAGGGGGCUGUGGAGCCAUUAUCCUGGCGGCACUUGUGGAAGGGGGUUGGUAAACUCUUCACGCGGAGCUAGCUGGAGCUCGGCAGUAUCAUCGCUGCUGGGCUUUGCGGCGGCAUCGGUGGUUUAAUUUCUGAUAUCCAUCGUGGCAGUGGCAGAUUAUCUGGUUAGAGCUAAAUAGGCUAAUAACACUAACGCCUUUUACAGCCAGCCAAGAAGCUAACUAAACUCGGUAUUGGUGGGGCGUGAGGCAGAGUUGAGUGAAGCAGCUUCAACGGUAAACUACACCGAGCGGGCUUGUCCUUAUAAAUCUAAAUCAAAUAUUACAGGUGGAGGCGUAUCACGUUAUUCACUUAGCCUAGCACAGAGAUGAGUAGCGUUUUCCCCCCGCUUUUUAUGGAAACCCAAAGGAGUCAUACCUAGCCACCCAGUGGCUUUCCAUAGCCCCUCUACACACAAACACACACACACUCUACGGCACUCUGUCCAUGGUGCUGAUACAGCACUGUGGAGAUACAGAUUUUGUGCCCACAUCUCUCUCAAUCAUUUGAACUCUUUCGCCAUUUUUAUAUAGGGACAUAAAACUAAAACAGAGGUGGCACAAUUUUCAACUGAGGGUGCUAAGCCCCCUUUUUCCCCCUUGUGGAGUCGGGCCCCCAAGCAGUGCUGUUUUAUGGAGAUACAAAUAUCCUGUGCUUUUUCAUUUGGUGCAUAGGCGCAUACAGACACAGCUUGGCUACAUUGCCGCGAAGCGUCCUUGGUGCGCUCGCAUGUAUGGCUCAGCCAGGACUGUUACCUUUGUAACUGAAUGAAAACAUAACUAUGUGAUUUAACUGAUUGAAGUUGGGAAAAUUGAUGGCAAAAAUGCAGAAUUGUGUUAAAUGCCUGUAAACAGCUUGGGGAGGAAAUUUUUUUCACAGAUUUAAUCAUGUAAUAUUAGGCCUACAGAUUAUUUCUCACUAUCUACAGUACUUGCAAGCUACUCAUUGACAGCCCAUGAGCUAUCGUGCAUGCAGUUUUCUCUUAAAGUGCAACCUUUGGUAGGCUGAUAGAAGGCUACUCAGAGUCAGAGUCUACGAUACAGCGAAGCCAAAUCAGACAUGCCGGUGCUCGUCAUGGUUCUUACAGGCAAAGUGAAAUGAUAUAAUGAAUUUGCUCGUGGUGCACGCAGCUCAAAUGAUAUGUAACAACACCAUUGGACCAACACCAUCGGACAUGAAACAACGAUACCAAUGUAACAACAGCACAACAAAAUAGAUAAACCAUUUUCUUUUGCAGGGCCUUUUCAUUUUAAACAUCAGUGGUGCAACUAGUGCUUUCUAACUGCACUGAACCAAAACAAUGCUUGCCGAGUGAAGCAAAACGUUCCAGUGGUCAAAACCAUUAAUCUUGAGGCGACAGGGGAGGGGAUGCUAAAUGCAAUCUGUUAAUUAUUAUAUCAUAUAUAAAAUGGACGUAUCUAUUUUAAUACAGACUAGAUCAAAACAUUACUAAUCAUUGAAAUAUACAAAUUACCCAAUGGAUCAUGAUCAUUUUCUGGUAAAAAAGUGUAUUUUGUAAGUGGGGGUGCAGCUGCUCCGUUUGCUCCAUUGCUCAGGCGCCAAUGCCUCCACAAAUGCUGUUGACAUUGACAUCCAUACUGAAUGAGCACUUAAGGGACCUAAUGGGAACCCUUAACCUUUCCGCUUAGUUUAAGGGGGAAGUUCGCCUUCAAAUAUUUUGUGCAACUGACUUAAAGUUAAGGAAAUGUAAGGGAAAAGAUAAGAGGGAAUUACCAUAAGAUGUUUUAUGCAACCUGGCCCAGGUCCUCCUGGAGGGGAGACAUAGACAGACAGAGAGAGAGAGAAGGGAAUUAGAGGGAGCAUGCCUAAGAUCACACAGUACACCAGAUAAGACAGACUGACCCUAGUACCCCGGCACAUGCAGCAUAGAUACUGGGUACUGAGACAGGGUGGUUGGUGCCCUGAUCAGGGACAGAAGCUAUACUGUUACAAGACUCUGACACUAGUACCAUUCCUUUGUGUGCUCCAGGCUGCGUCUCUUUCAGAAGUUUGAUAACUUCCGGAUCCUGGUGUGUGGAGGGGAUGGGAGUGUAGGCUGGGUCCUCUCUGAGAUAGACAAACUCAACCUCCACAAACAGGUAAGAACCCCCCCCCCCACACACACACACACACACACACGCUGACCCCCACCCUUCCCGCCUCACACACACAACCACCCCCACACCCCCUCGCUGUCCCCCACACACACACUUACUCCCCCCCCCCCCCCCCCUUCUCUCUUUCUGUCUCCAGUGCCAGCUGGGAGUGCUGCCCUUGGGCACAGGAAACGACCUGGCGCGGGUGCUGGGCUGGGGCCCAUCGUGUGACGAUGACACGCAGCUUCCCCAGAUUCUGGAGAAACUGGAGCGGGCCAGCACCAAGAUGUUGGACCGCUGGAGCAUCAUGACCUACGAGAUAAAGCUCCCCUCCAAACACAGCGGGCCCGUCACGCCCGACGACACUGACGACGGCCAGGUACACAACAUCUGAAGCAUUACGAUUUGGAGGUGUUUUAUAAUGUAAACAGUAUCCCCCUUGCUUAGUUUUAUGGUAAUUCUGCCUUUCUGCUCUCUCUGUGUCCCCAGUUCCAGAUCUCAGCAUAUGAAGACUCGGUAACUGCCCAUCUCACCAAGAUCCUCAACUCUGACCAACACUCUGUGGUCAUCUCCUCCGCUAAGUGAGUGUCUCAUCUCAACACUGCUUACUGCUAAAUGGCUGCUGACAAUUUCAUUUAAUGUGAACUCACGCUCUUCUUUCACCCCCCGUUUCUCUCUCUCUCUCUCGUUCUCUCUCUCUACUUUCAGGAUUCUGUGUGAGACAGUAAAGGACUUUGUUGCCAAAGUGGGAAAGUCCUACGAGAAAAGCAUUGAGAAUACUGAGGAGUGUGACACUAUGUCUCUCAAAGUAAGUAACCCUCCACACACACAUGCACCCACAUGCACACACAUGCACGCACACACACACACACACACACUAACCUAACUCUCCUUUUCCCAACAGUGUGUCAUCCUAAAUGAGAAGCUCGACUCACUCCUCCAGACCCUCAACACAGAAGCCCAGUCACUCCCCCCACCUCUUCCCCUUUCCACACCACCCAUCGUCGAAGAGGAGGAAGAGGAGGAAGAUGAGGAGGAGGAGGAGGUGAGCGAGGAGUCGUUGACCGAGCUGAAGGAGAAACUGGAAGCAGAGGAGAGUGAAAAGGGAGGAGAGAAAGGAGGAGGUUCGCCACCCAAGCUGUUCAGAGCUAAAGAACAGCUGAUGUUACGAGCCAACAGCCUGAAGAAGGCUGUACGACAGAUCAUUGAACAGGCCGAGAGAGGUACGUAGAUAUAGAACAUAACAGAUAAUCGAACAGGCCGAGAGAGGUACGUAGAUAUAGAACAUACGAUCAUCGAACAGGCCGAGAGAGGUACGUAGAUAUAGAACAUAACAGAUCAUCGAACAGGCCGAGAGAGGUACGUAGAACAUAAUAGAUCAUCGAACAGGCCGAGAGAGGUACGUAGAGAUAGAACAUAACAGAUAAUCGAACAGGCCGAGAGAGGUACGUAGAUAUAGAACAUAACAGAUCAUCGAACAGGCCGAGAGAGGUACGUAGAUAUAGAACAUAACAGAUAAUCGAACAGGCCGAGAGAGGUACGUAGAACAUAACAGAUAAUCGAACAGGCCGAGAGAGGUACGUAGAUAUAGAACAUAACAGAUCAUCGAACAGGCCGAGAGAGGUACGUAGAUAUAGAACAUAACAGAUAAUCGAACAGGCCGAGAGAGGUACGUAGAACAUAACAGAUAAUCGAACAGGCCGAGAGAGGUACGUAGAUAUAGAACAUAACAGAUCAUCGAACAGGCCGAGAGAGGUACGUAGAACAUAACAGAUCAUCGAACAGGCCGAGAGAGGUACGUAGAUAUAGAACAUAACAGAUCAUCGAACAUGCCGAGAGAGGUACGUAGAACAUAACAGAUAAUUGAAUAGGCCGAGAGAGGUACGUAGAUAUAGAACAUAACAGAUAAUCGAACAGGCCGAGAGAGGUACGUAGAUAUAGAACAUAACAGAUAAUCGAACAGGCCGAGAGAGGUACGCAGAUAUAGAACAUAACAGAUCAUCGAACAGGCCGAGAGAGGUACGUAGAUAUACAGUAUGACAAAACAGAUCAGACAUACAAUAUAAUAGAGCCUAUGGCAAGUCUUUCAUGCCUGUUUCAGAGAGAAUACAAUGGACUCCAGAUUGUAAAACUAUAAAAAGUAUUGGUAAUCACAGAGUAAUCACGUAAUACAAAGUUGUAGUGUCCAAUUUCUCACCUUUCUCUCCCUCUCUUCUCAUCCUCUCCCUCUCCUUCUCCCUUACCUUCUGGCACUGCCCCCUCCCUCUAGUGGUGGAUGAGCAGAAUGCCCACACAGAGGAGCAGGAGCUGCCGUCCCCGUUGGAGUUUAGGAAGGAAGGAGAGGAGGACAACAGGGACAGUGAGAAGGACGAGGACACCAAGGAACUGGAAACCUUGCCAUGUAAGUUCUCUCUCUCUCUCUCUCUCUCUCUCUCUCUCUCUCUCUCUCUCUCUCUCUCUCUCUCUCUCUCUCUCUCUCUCUCUCUCUCUCUCUCUCUCUCUCUCUCUCUCUCUCUCUCUCUCUCUCUCUCUCUCUCUCUGCAGUUCAAGAAAUAGAGUUAAGAAAAUAUUUGCUAAAUAAACUAAAGUAUAAAAUAAAAGUAACACAAUAAGAUUACAUAACAAUAACUAGGCUAUUUACAGGGGAUACCGGUACCGAGUCAAUGUGCGGGGGUACAGGUUAGUCGAGGUCAUUUGUACAUGUAGGUAGGGGUAAUGUGAAUAUGCAUAGAUAAUAAACAGCGAGUAGCAGCAAAGAAGUGUGCCCCCUCACCAAUGUAAACUGCCCCUUUAGUCACUUUAUCAUCUUUAGGACAUACUAGUAGAUAGUGAAUGUCUCAGUACUUACAUUUCUGGUAUCUCUCUGUCUCUCUCUCUCUCUCUCUCUCUCUCUCUCUCUCUCUCUCUCUCUCCCUGGUCUCUUUCUCCUUCCCUCUCUCUCUGGUCUCUCUCUGGUGUCUCUCUCUCUCUUUCUAGUGGCUAAGAGUCCAUGUUCUCCUCCUGAGAGGCAUGUAAGUCGCAGCAGCCAAUCCUGUGGCUCGUUCUCCAUCACGCCCUUCACCACCAGCAAGGAGAACCUGCCUGUACUCAACACACGCAUCAUCUGCCCUGGUACAUCCUACGGUAUAUGCAUGCAUGUGCGCCGUGCACAUACAUGCACAAACACACUUCACAUUAGAGGUCUUCACGGGUCCACCCAAACACAAUUACCCGGGAUCCGACCAGGAACCCGAGCGGGUCCAGAUUCGGACAGAAUUCGAAAUUCUCACGUGUCCGGGUCGGAUCUGAUAUGAUCGUCACAUAAUUAUAACCGAUUUGCCCGUAAGGACCUGUAGAGACCCGAACGCGACUGCUGCAGUAGAAAGAGAGAAUAAAUGCUAGGCUAUGAUUUAUGCUACUGCUCUUGAGUGGAGCGUGUAACUUGUUGUCGGCCAAUCACAAGUCAUCAUCAAAGUGGCUCUACAGUCAGAAGGCCUCCAUGUGUGGCAAGCAAGUUAGGAGAUAUCUAAUCGAUUUAAAAGUUACAUGUGAGGAUAGGCUACAACGACAAAAGCCAACAGGUAGGCUGCUACUUAAUUUGAAGAGAGUUAUUCACUUAUUUGUAAUUGUAGCUUAAAUAGCUAGCUAGCUGCUGUACUUGGUUUAAUGCAGUCAAGACAGGUACUAUGUUAUCAGUUGGGAUGAUAAAUAAUAUCCUGUGGCAGCUAGAAGUUAGUAACUAGCGCUAUUUGGCUUGGUUGCUGUCUCUCUCUCUCCCUCCUUGCCUGCCCUGGAAGCACCCCGCAACUCACUCACACACACCGCAUAGCCCCUCCUCCACCCCCUGCAGAGCGUCUCCUUUUCUCUCCCUUGCGCAGCAACAGCUGAGGUUAAUAAUAUAACUACAAAAUUGCUUUUCUGACGAUUCCCUCACAUGGAUCAGACCCGACCGGGUCCACACGGGGCCGGGUCUGGUUCUCCUUGGAUCUGUUCGAACCUGGUCUCUAUAUGUAAAACAUUUAUUUAUUCGGGUACAUUCUAAGAAACUAAGGUGCUAUCUACAUUUGACAUUUUAGUCAUUUAGCAGAUGCUCUUAUCCAGAGCGACUUACAGUUAGUGCAUACAUAUAUAUAUUUUUUCAUACUGGAAUCGAACCCACAACCCUGGCGUUGCAAAUGCCAUGCUCUACCAACUACCCUGGACGACGCUGGGCCAAUUGUGCGCCGCCCCAUGGAUCUCCCGGUCGCGGCCAGCUACGACAGAGCCUGGAUCUAGAACCUUAAAGGGUUCUUCGGUUGUCCCCAUAUUAGAACCCUUUGAGGAACCCUUUUUGGUUGCAGGUAGAACCCUUUUGGGUUCCAUGUAGAACCCAACUUUUUGGACCCGUGAAGACCUCUACUUCACAUACACACUUAAUCUGCCAUAGUUUGCGCUCAUGUGUAUACACACAUAUGUAUUGUCUGCCCUGAUACAUGUACACACACACACACACACACACACACACACACACACACAACACAACACAAACAACAAACAAACAAACAAACAAACAAACACACACAUCUACCCUGAUACAAGUGCACAUACCACACACACACAGCACUCUGUAAGAACAUCUCUGUUUCUCUGUAUAGGUUUGCGUGCUGGUCUGGCAGCCUCUAUAGCCGGUAGCUCCAUCAUCAGUAAAAUGCUGCUGGCCAACAUCGACCCAUUUGGAGCUACACCCUUCCUGGACUCUGACCUGGACUCACUGUAAGACCCUCUGACCUUCAUAAACCCUGACCAACUGGACUCGCUGUAAGACCUUCUGACCUCUAACCUCUACCCUUUAACAUUCAUAGACCCAGACCUCCUGGACUCACUGUAAGACCCUCAGACCUCUGACAUCUAACCUUGAGGCUACCAUAAUCAGAAUGUUUCCGACUUUACCCUUUUGGCGACCAGAUCAAAACAUUACGUUUUUACGUUUUCAGUUGAAUUGUAGUUUUCUGAACUGCCCUGUGUCUCUAUCUCCCACACAGAGAGGGCUUUAGUGAGAAGUGUGUCAUGAACAACUACUUUGGCGUUGGGCUGGAUGCUAAGAUCACCUUGGAGUUCAACAACAAGAGGGAGGAACACCCAGAGAAGUGCCGGUGAGCUCUAGGUUUAUUUCUCCUCUCUCAUCCCUCUCUACUGUCCUCUCUACUGUACUCUCAUCCCUCUCUACUGUCCUCUCUACUGUACUCUCAUCCCUCUCCACUGUCCUCUCCUCUGUCCUCUCAUCCCUCUCUACUGUCCUCUCAUCCCUCUCUACUGUCCUCUCAUCUGUCCUCUCAUCCCUCUCCACUGUCCUCUCCUCUGUCCUCUCAUCCCUCUCUACUGUCCUCUCAUCCCUCUCAACUGUACUCUCAUCCCUCUCUACUGUCCUCUCAACUGUCCUCUCAUCCCUCUCUACUGUCCUCUCAUCCUUCUCUACUGUCCUCUCAUCCCUCUCUCACUGUACUCUACCAUGCCCUCUCUACUGUCCUCUCUCCCUCUCACUGUCCCUCUCUACUGUCCUCUCAUCCCUCUCUACUGUCCUCUCAUCCCUCUCUACUGUCCUCUCAUCCCUCUCUACUGCUACUCUCAUCCCUCUCUACUGUCCUCUCAUCCCUCUCUACUGUCCUCUCUUCUGUCCUCUCAUCCCUCUCUACUGUCCUCUCAUCCCUCUCUACUGUCCUCUAUCCCUCUCUACUGUCACUCUCAUCCCUCUCUACUGUCCUCUCAAUCCCUCUCUACUGUCCUCUCGUCUUACUGUGCCUCACAUCCCUCUCUUCAUGUCCUCUCAUCCCUCUCAUACUGUCCUACCUCUUAUCUCCAUCUCUACUGUCCUCUCAUCCCUCUCUACUGUACUCCUCUCUCUAUCCUCCUCAUCCCUCUUUUCUUCUCCGACUUUUGUGUUGCACCCCCUUUUCUCUCUCUCUACUCUCUCUCUCUCUCCCCCUCAUCCCUCUCUCUCUCUCUCUCUCUCUCUCUCUCUCUCUCUCUCUCUCUCUAGGAGUCGUACUAAGAACAGGGUGUGGUAUGGUGUUCUGGGCACCAAGGAGCUCCUCCAGAGAACCUACAAGAACCUAGAACAGAAGGUUCAACUGGAGGUGAGAGAAUUAAAAUUACCAUAGAAUUUUAAUUACUAGAAGGUACAUUCCCAUUCAAAUCAAUGUUUAGUGGUGGAUAGAAUGGCGGCCAUAUUGGGUGUAUCAAAGGGAAUGAUUACCAGUACAUACCCCUGCCAGUCUGCAGCUUCUCCGUGUUGAAAUAGAACCUAACUAACUCUUUGUGUGUGUUUCUUAGAACCUAACUAACUGUUUGUGUGUGUUUAUGUGUGUGUGUGUGUGUGUGUGUGUGUGUUCCAGUGUGAUGGUCAGUACAUCCCCCUGCCCAGCCUUCAGGGCAUUGCGGUGCUGAAUAUCCCCAGCUACGCUGGAGGAACCAACUUCUGGGGAGGCACCAAGGAGGACGACGUGAGUACUGUUCUGUAUGUGUGUGUGUGAGUGUACUACUCGGCUUGGCUCAGUAGUGUGAAAAGUGUCUUAGUGUUUUCUUCUUGAGGAUAAUGUACGGGAGGCAAAAUGAGAGUCAUGCUUUUGGUAUUUGCACGUGAUAACCUGUUUACGCCACUAAGUGGCAGCUCAACCCUGUUGGAGAAGAGGCAAAGAGAAUGAUAACUUUUGGGUUACUGUUGUUCAGUAGGUGUGUUUCCUACUGGAGCUGAUUUGGUCCUGUGACAAGUUUUAGAUGUGUUUAAACCCUCUCCUCUCUCUCCCAGUGUCUGGGCCUGAGUAGGACCCCUGGUGAGAGAGGUGGCCAUCUAUCGGCCUGUUUGUUUAAGACUCAGAAAGUACAAGGGCUGUUGAUAGAUUGGAGUGUCGGUUUGCUACUCACGCGCAGACGCACACACACACCUCCCUGGUGGGGCCCCUAGUCCAGUGAGGUUACCUCUGUCUGUCUGUGACAUGGUGUUGUUAUGUAAUGGCUGUGCUGGGGCAGAGGAAGCAGCUGGGAGAGAACAUUCAGUGGAACUGAUCCAACACACAUGUCAUCCUGAAAGUUUACUCUCUAUCUCUAAACACACACACACACUUACAGUAAAUUCACACGCACACACAUACUUAUUUCUUAGCCUGUGUUCAAACUAUAAACCAUCUACAGACCCGGUUGCAUUGAUGUGUUAUUGUGAGUAGGGUUCCACCUAGUGGAAUUAGUCUGAACUACAAUACAAUAGGUCACAACAUCUCUCUCUUUGAGCCUUUGAUGCGCAGCAAGCUAAAUAGUACAGAUCUGCAUUAAAGUGGCAUUUCUGAGUGGAUCAGAGAAAUUGUGUAGUAGAAUGAUGUCUAAUUCAUCAUUACCUUGACCUUAUCAUGGACAAUGUGGACAGAGAAAUCAAUAUCAAGUCAGAGAGACCUUUCACUCCAGACAGUCUUUCAAUCUAAAUUCUAACCCCUCGUUUUCACUAGAUUAUUUGGAGUUGAAGGAAUUGUCAGAAGACAUUCAUUUUCAAUGAAGGGAGAUCAAUGAUGGUGAUGGUGAUGAUGACGAUGGUGGUGAUUGUGAUAAUGAUCAAAUCAAUUGUAUUUGUCAAAUGCGCCGAAUACAACAGGUGUAGACCUUACCGUGAAAUGCUUACUUACAAGCCCUUAACCAACAAUGCAGUUCAAGAAAUAGAGUUAAGAAAAUAUUUACUAAAUAAACUAAAGUAAAAAAUAAAAUAAAAAGUAACACAAUAAAAUAAUAAUAACAAGGCUAUAUACAGGGGGUACCGGUACUGAGUCAAUGUGCGGGGGUAAAGGUUAGUCAAGGUAAUUUGUACAUGUAGGUGGGGGUAAAGUGGCUAUGCAUAGAUAAUAAACAGCGAGUAGCAGCAGUGUAAAAACACAGGGGGGGGGGGGGUAGUUGUCAACGUAAAUAGUCCGGGCGGCCAUUUGAUUAAUUGUUAAGCAGUGUUAUGGCUUGGUGGUAGAAGCUGUUAAGGAGCCUUUUGGACAUAUACUUGGCGCUCCGGUACUGCAUGCAGUGAGGCAGCAGAGAGAACAGUCUAUGAGUCUUUGGAAAAUGUUUGGGACUUCCUCUGACACUGCCUAGUAUGUACACUACCAGUCAAAAGUUUGGACACCUACUCAUUCAAGGAUUUGUCUUUAUUUUUACUAUUCUUUACAUUGUAGAAUAAUAGUGAAGACAUCAAAACUAUGGAAUAACACAUACGAAUCAUGUAGUAACCAAAAAAGUGGUAUUUGAGAUUCUUCAAAUAUCCACCCUUUGCCUUGAUGACAGUUUUGCACACUCUUGGCAUUCUCUCAACCAGCUUCAUAAGGUAGUCACCUGGAAUGCAUUUCAGUUAACAAGUGUGCCUUCUUAAAAGUUAAUUUGUGGAAUUUCUUUCUUUCUUAAUGCAUAUGAGCCAAUCAGUUGUGUGGUGACAAGGUAGGGGGGGUAUACAGAAGAUAGCCCUAUUUGGUAAAAGACCAAGUCCAUAUUAUGGCAAGAACAGCUCAAAUAAGUAAAGAGAAAUGACAGUCUAUCAUUACUUUAAGACAUGAAGGUAAGUCAAUACAGAACAUUUCAAGAACUUUGAAAGUUUCUUCAAGUGCAGUCACAAAAACCAUCAAGCGCUAUGAUGAAACUGGCUCUCAUGAGGACCACCACAGGAAUGGAAGACCCAGAGUUACCUCUGCUGCAGAGGAUAAGUUCAUUAGAGUUACCAGCCUCAGAAAUUGCAGCCCAAAUAAAUGCUUAACGGAGUUCAAGUCACAGACACAUCUUAACAUCAACUGUUCAGAGGGGACUGUGAAUCAAGCCUUCAUGGUCGAAUUGCUGCAAAGAACCCCCUACUGAAGGACACUAAUAAUAAGAAGAGACCUGCUUGGGCCAAGAAACACGAGCAAUGGAAAUUAGACCGGUGGAAAUGUGUCCUUUGGUCUGGAGUCCAAAUUUGAGAUUUUUGGUUCCAACCGCUGGGUUUUUGUGAGACGCGGUGUGGGUGAACGGAUGAUCUCCGGAUGUGUAUUUCUCACCAUAAAGCAUGGAGGAGGAGGUGUUAUGGUGUGGGGGUGCUUUGCUGGUGACACUGUCUGUGAUUUAUUUAGAAUGCAAGGCACACUUAACCAGCAUGGCUACCACAGCAUUCUGCAGCGAUAUGCCAUGCCAUCUGGUUUGGGCUUAGUGGGACUAUCAGGCUGUGUAAGGGCUAUUUUACCAAGAAGGAGAGUGAUGGAGUGCUGCAUCAGAUGACCUGGCCUCCACAAUCCACCGACCUCAACCCAAUUGAGAUGGUUUGGGAUGAGUCGGAUGGCAGAGUGAAGGAAAAGCAGCCAACAAGUGCUCAGCAUAUGUGGGAACUCCUUCAAGACUGUUGGAAAAGCAUUCCCGGUGAAGCUCGUUGAGAGAAUGCCAAGAGUGUGCAAAGCUGUCAUCAAGGCAAAGGUUGGCUAUUUGAAGAAUCUCAAAUAUAAAAUAUAUUUUGAUUUGUUUAACACUUUUUUGGUUACUACAGGAUUCCAUAUGUGUUAUUUCAUAGUUUUGAUGUCUUCACUAUUAUUCUACAAUGUAGAAAAUAGUCAAAAUAAAGAAAAACCCUUGAAUGAGUAGGUUUGUCCAAACUUUUGACUGGUACUGUAGGUCCUGAUGGCAGGAAGCUUGGCCCCAGUGAUGUACAGGGCCAUACGCACUACCCUCUGUAGCGCCUUACGGUCGGAUGCCGAGCAGUUGCCAUACCAGGCAGUGAUGCAACCGGUCAGAAUGCUCUUGAUGGAGCAGCUGUAUAACUUUUUGAGGAUCUGAGGACCCAUGCCAAAUCUUUUCAGUCUCCUGAGGGGGAAAAGGCGUUGUCGUGCCGUCUUCACGACUGUCUUGGUGUGUUUGGACCAUGAUAGUUUGUUGGUGAUGUGGACACCAAGGAACUUGACUCUCUCGACCCGCUCCACUACAGCCCCGUCGAUGUGAAUGGGGCCGUGUUCUGCCCUCCUUUUCCUGUAGUCCACGAUCAGCUUCUUUGUCUUGCUCAUGUUGAGGGAGAGGUUGUUGUUCUGGCACCACACUGCCAGGUCUCUGACCUCCUCCCUAUAGGCUGUCUCAUCGUUGUCGGUGAUCAGGCCUACCACUGUUGUGUCGUCAGCAAGCUUAAUGAUGGUGUUGGAGUCGUGCUUGGCCACGUAGUCUUGGGUGAACAGGGAGUACAGGAGGGGACUAAGCACGCACCCCUGAGGUGCCCCUGUGUUGAGGAUCAGCGUGGCAGAUGUGUUGUUGCCUACCCUUACCACCUGGGGGCGGCCCGUCAGGAAGUCCAGGAUCCAAUUGCAGAGGGAGGUGUUUAGUCCCAGGGUCCUUAGCUUAGUGAUGAGCGUUGUGGGCACUAUGGUGUUGAACGCUGAGCUUUAGUCAAUGAACAGCAUUCUCACAUAGGAGUGCGAUUGAGAUUGCGUCAUCUGUGGAUCUGUUGGGGCGGUAUGCGAAUUGGAGUGGGUCUAGUGUUUCCGGCAUGAUGGUGUUGAUGUGAGCCAUGACCAGCCUUUCAAAGCACUUCAUGGCUACCGACGUGACUGCUACGGGGCGGUAGUCAUUUAGGCAGGUUACCUUCGCUUUCUUGGGCACAGGGACUAUGGUGGUCUGCUUGAAACAUGUAGGUAUUACAGACUCGGUCAGGGAGAGGUUGAAAAUGUCAGUGAAGACACUUGCCAGUUGGUCAGCGCAUGCUCUGAGUACACGUCCUGGUAAUCCGUCUGGACCCGUGGCCUUGUGAAUGUUGACCUGUUUAAAGGUCUUGCUCACAUCGGCUACGGAGAGCGUGAUCACACAGUAGUCCGGAAACAGCUGGUGCUGAUGUGUAUUCUUUAAAGAAUUAGGAGAUAGAACUGGGUUAAUCACGAACAUUGAGUUAGAAUUGUUUGUUACUGGGCUAGGAAUUUAAUUGGGACAUUUCACUGUGUGUGUGGGGGAGUAGAGAGGAAAUCUGCCCUAGGGUCAGAUUGCUUGCUCUUACUUAAAUCCAUGGCGGUCUUAUCUGAUGAGAGACUGAAACUAGCUUGUGGCCUUUUGUCUCUCUCUUCAAACACAGUGAAGGGAGCGGCACCAGGGUUGAAUAGAGUUUGGGCUAGACCUUUGUCUCCUUGGUAUCUUCUUGAUUGAUUACAGCAUGAGGGGGUAAGGUUUGUGUGAUUUAGGGCCUUGUCAUGUUUAAACUAAACAUGAGUGUGUGUGCAAGACAGGGGAGCGAGUGAUUUGUUUGAGUAAUAGUUCAGCUGUCCGCAGGGACAAAGGAAGUGGGUGUGGAGUGAUAAAGAGCGGGAAACUGAAGAGGGAGGGAUUUAGAGCUAGAAGAGUUGGGGAAAAUUGUAUAUAAUGUGACGUGAGGAAAACAGAAUGGGGUGCCACACUGCAGACUGGUAUUGGCUUUGUUGAAAACUUUAAUAAAGUCAUUUCUUGAUGCAACAAAAACUCUGUAAGACCUUAUUUGUAAUAAAGUAUAGUGGUUAUUUUCCACAACAGUGCUCUCAUGCAUGCUUCACUGUUGCUUGCCUCGAAGCGAGCAUAAAAGGCAUUUAGCCCGUCUGGUAGGCUCGCGUCACUGGGCAGCUCGCGGCUGGGUUUCCCUUUGUAGUCCGUAAUAGUUUGCAGGCCCUGCCACAUCCAACGAGUGUCAGAGCCGGUGUAGUAGGAUUCAAUCUUAGUCCUGUAUUGAUGCUUUGCCUGUUUGAUGGUUCGUCUGAGGGCAUAGCGGGAUUUCUUAAAAGCGUACGGAUUAGUGUCCCGCUCCUUGAAAGUGGCAGCUCUAGCCUUUAGCUCGGUGUGGAUGUUGUCUGUAAUCCAUGGCUUCUGGUUGGGGUAUGUACGUACGGUCACUGUGGGGACAACGUCGUCGAUGCACUUAUUGAUAAAGCCGGUGACUGAGGUGGUAUACUCCUCAAUGCCAUUUGCUCAAUCCCGGAACAUAUUCAAGUCUCUGCUAGCAAAACCGUCUUGUAGCGUAGCAUCCGCGUCAUCUGACCAUUUCCGUAUUGAGCGAGUCACUGGUACUUCCUGCUUUAGUUUUUGCUUGUAAGCAGGAAUCAGGAGGAUAGAAUUAUGGUCAGAUUUAGUCAAUGAACAGCAUUCAUUUGGAGGCCGAGGGAGAGCUUUGUAUGCGUCUCUGUGUGUGGAGUAAAGGUGGUCUAGAGUUUAUUUUUUUCUCUGGUUGCACAUGUGACAUGCUGGUAGAAAUGAUGUAAAAUGGAUUUAAGUUUGCCUGCAUUAAAGUCCCCGGCCGCUAGGAGCGCCGCUUCUGGAUGAGCAUUUUCUUGUUUGCUUAUGGCCUUAUACAGCUCAUUGAGUGCGGUCUUAGUGCCAGCAUCGGUUUGUGGUGGUAAAUAGACGGCUACGAAAAAUAUAGAUGAAAACUCUCUUGGUAGAUAGAGUACCUCAUGAUAAGCUGUAGACCACACUAUCUCAGGCGAGCAAUACCUCGAGACUUCCUUAAUAUUAUACAUUGCGCAGCAGCUGUUAUUGACAAAUAGACACACACCACCAUCCCUCGUCUUACCGGACGUAGCUGUUCUGUCCUGCCGAUGCACGGAAAAUCCAGCUAACUGUAUAUUAUCCGUGUCGUCGUUCAGCCACAACUCGGUAAAACAUAAGAUAUUACCGUUUUUUAAUGUCCCGUUGGUAGGAUAGUCUUGAACGGAGCUCAUCCAUUUUAUUCUCCAUUGAUUGCACGUUGGCCAAUAGAACGCAUGGUAGAGGUGGGUUUCCCACUUGCCGACGAAUUCUCACAAGGCACCCCGAUCUCCGCCCCCUGUACCUCCGUCUUUCCAUCACACGAAUGACUGAUAUUUGGGCCUGGUUUUGGAGAAACAGUAUAUCCUUCGCGAUGGACUCAUUAAAUAAAUAAUCUUUGUCCAGUUCGAGGUGAGUAAUCCCUGUUCUGAUAUCCAGAAGCUCUUUUCGGUCAUAAGAGACAGUAGCAGCAACAUUAUGUACAAAAUAAGUUACAAACAAUGUGAAAAAACACACAAAAUAGCACAGUUGGUUAGGAGCCCGUAAAACGGCAGCCAUCCCCUCCGGCGCCAUUCUCCCCUCAUGAUGAUGAUGAGGAUGAUGUAUCCACACAGUAAGCAUCAUCAAAAUGCUUUAAAGCAAUGUACUGUAAAUGCGUUCAUUGUCUUUUAACCCCUGCCUCUAUUAUUGUGUGUGUGUGUGUGUGUGUUGUGUGUGUGUGUGUGUGUGUGUUGUGUGUCUGUGUGUGUGUUUAGAUCUUCUGUGCCCCGUCGUUCGAUGAUAAGAUCCUGGAGGUGGUAGCAGUGUUCGGCAGUAUGCAGAUGGCUGUGUCCAGAGUCAUCAAACUGCAACACCACCGCAUAGCACAGGUAACACACCCGUGCGAACACGCACACACUACUUGUAUCAUACUGUCGUUUUUCAUCAUAUGACUCUUUCCUCCCCGGUCAGUGUCGCUCAGUGAAGAUCACUAUCCUGGGAGAUGAGGGUGUUCCUAUCCAAGUGGACGGAGAGGCCUGGAUACAACCUCCUGGAGUCAUCAAGAUCCAACACAAGAACAGAGCCCAGAUGUUGACCAGAGACAGGGUGAGCGAGAGAUAGAGUGAAGGAGGAGGAGGGGUGUAGGAAGGAGGGAGGGAGUCCCAGAGUGUGAGAAAAAGAGGACAUACAGUCAAUGGUGAUUAAUAUAGAGAGGAAGGGAGAGAAAGAGAUGCUGAGAGGAAGAGAGAAAAGGGGAUGCCCUGUCUCUGUCUGUGGAUGUGAACUCCUAUCCUCCCUGUCAAUGUGCAGGCGUUUGAGAACACUCUGAAGUCAUGGGAGGACAAGCUGAAGUAUGACAAGCUGCCUCUGCGGCCUCACCUCUACCCCCAGCAGUCUGUGGACCUUGCCACUGAGGAGGAGGUAGCCCUCGUACAGCUGGUUGCCCGUGCCGCGGACGAGCUCAUCACCAGGUACACACGCACACGCACACGCACACGCACACACACACACACACACACACACACACACAACCACCAUAUUUCACUCCCUUUUAAACUGUUAUCUGUCAUUAUAUUGAAUAUUGUACCUGUAAACCCUCUGUCAAUCAGCAGUCAGAACUGUGCCCUCUGACUCCCCUCUCCAAUCACAGGAUCUGUGAGGCAGCCAAGACCAAUGGGCUUCUAGAGCAGGAGCUUGCUCACGCCGUCAAUGCCUCUUCACAUGCCAUCAACAAGACACAUCCCAAGUUCCCAGAGGUUAGUGACGUCAUCAACAGGUUAUGUGUGUGAUAUGAGGAUUGUGUGUGUGUGAUUUUAGUUGUCUAAUAUCAUGUUUGUUUGUAUUGCCUUGUCGCCAGAGUAUGGCCAGGAACACUGCUAUAGAAGUAGCCAGUAAUGUGAAGGCUUUACACAACGAGACUGAAUCCCUUCUGGUGGGACGAGUAUCACUGGUGAGUUACAAUCUAGGAGGAUGAGCAGGGUCUAGGAUCAGUUUAGCCUUCCUAAAUCCUAACCUGAACCAUUUAGGAGGGAAAACGCAAAACUGACCUUAGACCAGUGUCGAAGGGCAACUUCAUCUUACACAGUUCUCUGUACAGAAAAUGUAUUUAUCUCCUUCCUACCCAUCUCCUGUGUGUGUCCAUCCGCAGCAACUGGAACCCUCAGAUGAAGAGUCUUUAUCCAGUGCUCUGCAGAGUGUGGAGAUGGAGCUAGGCAAACUAGUUGAUAUCCCCUGGUUAUACCAUAUACUGCAGCCCAAUGAAGAUGAGGUGAGAACACACACACACACACACACACACACACACCACACACACACACACACACACACACACACACACACACACACACACACACACACUUCUAAUCCUACACCUGUGUCCAUCUCAGGACCCCUCGUUAGAGUAUGGCAAGAGGAACAGUCGUAGCAGCAUGUUCAGAAUCGUGCCAAAGUUCAAGAAAGAGAAAGCUACCAAGAAGACCAGCCCUCAGUCAGGUAAGUGUUGGUCUUCUGUGUCUCUCUCCACAGGCUUUGUAUACACACGCACACACACAAACAUACACACACGAAACAGGAGUGUGUAUAUAAUGUGUAAAUAUCACAAUACAUUGUUUUUGUUUUAUCGGCUGUUGGAGAAAGUAACUACAUAGGUUUAGAACUAAGGUCUUUAAGGUCUCUGUGGCCUACAUAUAGUGGUUGUAAUGCAUUAUAAGCACCCAGUGUGGUGUCAGGGAUUGUCUCUGUGAACUCUGUCUCCCCGGUCCUCAGUCUGACCCAGCCAUCCAAGAGCACCCCUCUUCUCUCUGUUCAUGGUCUCAUCUACCUGUCUACACAUGUACAGCAGGCACAAACCAAGGCCAAAGACAGGGUGAGGGUGGUGAACGCAGGGCCAAAAACCCUGGGGUUGCCCAGAGAAAGACAUUUCCUGUAUUAGAACACCAUUUCGCCUUCAUGACGACUGAUACAACUGAACAUUGACUGCAUUUGUUUAUGAAUAUUACUUCCAAUUGAACAUGAAAACAAUCAAUAUCUACUGUAUGCUUGCUUCAGCUGAACUCUCGUCUCAUAAACUCUUGUCUCAUUGUUAUGGGGUGAAAUGAGAUAUGAUGCUAGCGACAUCAGACCGUAGAAUGGAUACAAAUAGAAUGCCAGGGGUUGGCUGGUCCUCUGCUUUAGGACCCCGUCUGAUUGGUUGGGAGUGUGUUAGUCCCGCCUACAGUGAGGCAGGGCAAGGUGUUGAUUGGGUGGGGCGUUCCUGUAGGUUGCACAGGCUUCCGCCUCCCUCUCCCUCCUACUUCCUGUACGUCUGUGUUCUGAUUGGUGGAUAACCUGCAUGCCCUCAGCCUCUCUGGAAGGCCAUUGGCCACAGCCCUGUUUUCCGACCAACCAACCUCUGACAUCUCUGUUAACCCCUCCUCUUUCCCACCAUUUGCUGCCGCCUUUCCUCUCCCUCCCUCCCUUCCUUCCUUUCUUCCUCUACCUCUCCUCCUCUCUCUGUUUUCCUAUCCCUCUAUUGGGAUUGUCUCUCUCUGAGUGUGUGUGUGCACGCGAGCAAGGGUCUCAGACACUGAGCGAGCCCCUUCUUGCUCUAUAUGUGUGUGUAGUGGAGAGAUGGGGCACAGAGGAAGUGGGCGUCUGGCUGGAGCAACUCAGUCUGGGAGAGUACAGAGACACCUUCACACGCCACGACAUCCGAGGCUCCGAACUGCUGCACCUGGAGAGGAGGGACCUGAAGGUACACGCACACACACACUCAAACACACACGCUAAUGCAUACACACACUCACUCACACACACACCCGUUACCUCAUCUAUCCCCAGAUCAAAACUCUUUCUCUCUUCCCCUCCGUUUCUCUCCAUCUCUUUCUCUCUGAUUCUGUUGGCCGUUAGCUGUCUCCCUGUUUGCUACUCUGUGCUGCACUGCUCUGCUUGGCUUUGUCUGUGUGUGAGAGUGUUGCUUACCUACCGCAGGAGACUGGCUGUAACUCACUAACCCCCCAGUCUCCACUGAUACUGUGUGCGAACUGGGAACGGGACAGGGCUGGGGAAUGGGGGAGGGCUGGGGGAGCAGGAGUGUUGGGUAAAGGAGGGUUGGGGUGCCACCAUAGACGAGACUAAAAGCUGUUUUAGGUAGGAGCAACAUAGAGACAGUAUUCACGGACAGAGGCAUAACAACUCCCAGUGAAGCCGACCCCAGAGGUGUGUGAGUGAACAUGCUUUUUGGAGUGCUGCUUAACCUGGGUGACAGAUACUUGGAGUUAUAGGAGAAAGAUGUCCAAUGUUGACUCCACUCUGAGAAAAUACCUCAGCGAGAAACAAGGGAUAUCCCACUGCACACUUUAGACACCUUGUUUAUCACCAAAACAUCCAUGGAGAUGGAGUGUCAUUUAAACUUGUUUAUUAAAAAAACAUUGUUUAUCAGAGUUUCAUAUACCAAUGAUGCUAAUGGAUCUACAGUAGGGGGAUUGAAUGAGGGCAAAGCGAGGGGAUGACUUUCUGACAUUGGACAGUAAUAGACACACACGUGCCCACAUCCAUAUGAGCAACAGGCCUACCAUACCUUGGACUGUGCCAGUGUUUCUCUCUCUCUCUCUCUGUGUGUGUGUGUGUGUGUGUGUGUGUGUGUGUGUGUGUGUGUGUGUGUGUGUGUGUGUGUGUGUGUGUGUGUCCCCUCAUUCCAAAUCUGUCCCCUCCAUAUUGCUAUGGCAAUACCACCAUUAUCUAGCGAAAAAACAUAAUUGGAAGUUUCUUCCUAAACACUAUUACAUAAUUAUAAUUGAUCAAUAUUUAGAAACAUGGUAACACUUUACUUAAAGGUCCAAUGCAGAUGUUUUUUUUCUCUUCUCAACAGCAAAUUAUUUCUGGGUAACAAUUAAGUACCUUACUGUGGUUGUUUUCAAUUAAAAUUGUCAAAAAUAAACAAAAAUAGCUUCUUAGCAAAGGGACAUUUAUCAAGAAAGAUUUUUGCUAGGACUGUCUGGGAGUGGUGAGGGGAUAACUGAAAACUAGCUGUUAUUGGCAGAGAGGUUUGGAACUAUUUUUCUUAUUUGUCUAUGAACUAAUUUAAUGUAUGGUGAUGUCACCAUGGAAGGCCAAAACCCCAUCCCACAAAAACAGGCAGAAAUUUCAGCCGGUCUUUUCAAACAGCUCAUACACUAAAAGGGCAUUAUCAUAAUUGUCACAAUUUCACAGUAAUAUUCCAACCUCAUAGUGUGGAAAUGUAUAUAAAACACAGGAAAAUCACAUUUUCCACUGUACUGGGCCUUUAACACUUACAGGUAUAAUAUGCAGUUUUAAUGCAUUGUAAGACUUGUCAUACGCAUGUAAGAGGACCUUCCCACUGGGCAAAAACUGGUUGAAUCAAUGUUGUUUCCACGUCAUCUCAACAAACAAACAAAUAUGUGAUGAUGUUGAAUCAAUGUGGAAAACUGAUUGGAUUUGCGAAAAAUCACCAAAAUGUUACCUAAAAUGUUGACUACCCAACCAAUUGUAAAUCAAAACUAGACGUUGAAAUGACAUCUGUGCCCAGUGGGUUAUAAUGCUUUGCAGCAUAUAAGUAUUAAAUAUAUUUAAGCAAUAAGGCCCGAGGAGGUGUGGUAUAUGGCCAGUAUACCACGGCUAAGGGCUGUUCUUAUGCACAACGCAACGCGGCGUUCCUGGAUACAGCCCUUAGCCUUGGUAUAUUGUCAAUAUACCACAAACGCCCGAGGUGCCUUGUUGCGAUUAUAAACUGGUUGCCAACGUAAUUAGAGCAGUAAAAAUACAUGUUUUGUAGGGGUGUAACGAUUCGUUUUAACAACGAUUCGAUUUGUAUCACGAUUCGUGGUUGUCGAUACGAUUCAAGGACGAUAUUGGUUCAUUUAGAACGAUACGAUCCGAAACGAUUCAGUGACUUGAAAUCGAUUCAGUAACCUUUUAGCCAAAAAUUCAACCAGUGUGACUGAAAUAAAUACCUGGAUACUGGACAGUGCAGGUGAAGUUUCCUAGAUUCCUGUUUCUUGUAAGGACCGCAAUGGUGGCUUGAUAAUUUCUCACUCGUCGGCUUCUCCUCUGUCGUCCGCCAUGCUAUGUUUUGUUGUCUUUGCGCCUUUGCGCUGCUGCUGGCGCGGGGCGAUGACGUCACGGAUAGGCAGACUGAAUCGAGUAAUGUUUAAAGCCUUUAUCAUUAAAAGUGCUAAGAAAAAACAUCCAUAUAAAGUCUGACGUGCUUAAAUCCAAUGGGUUAUUUCCUAGUAUCGAUACAAUCGAUUUAUUACAUUUUAAAACGAUGUUAGAUUGAUAUAUGUUGUCCAAAAGGCCAACUCGCCGAGCACAGAUCGAUGUAGUUGGAUCAUAGGAAUAUAAAUAGAUACAUCAAUGUAGUAGAUGGAUCGUUACACCCCUAAUGUUUUGUCAUACCCGUGGUAUACAGUACGAUCUGAUAUACCACGGCUUUCAGCCAAUCAGCAUUCAGGGCUCGAACCACCCAGUUUAUAAUCCUUAUUAUAAGACAUUUUGAGUGCCUAAAGCAUGCCAUUUGGCUUUAAUUAGUGUUACCAAACUAUCACACAGAAAAUGGCCAAAGGAUCAUACAUACGAACAGUGGCAGCUACAUGCUGUUCAGUAGUGUGCUCCACGUUUGAAUAUUUGCAAUGGUUAUUGAAAGGUAGGUACAGCACAACACAACAUGUCUGUUCACACUGUCUGUUUUGUCAUUGACCAGAAUAUAUUGUUUUUACAGUACAUGACCUGUUGCUUUGUACUAUCUGGCACUAUGGGACAUAUUCAGCACACAUGAAGUGAAACAUGUAUUACUGGCUGCCUUUAAAGCUAGAUUCCGUCGUUGCUAUGUCCAUUUUUUGACUUAUAAAUUAAUCAUAUAUACCUGUUGAUUCUUGAAGAAUAUAACUUAUAAAUCCAUCAUGGGCUUAGUUUAACUGUCACACCCCAUCAGAACCCCAAAUAUAAGCGUGUUUUACUCCAAUGUUUGUAAACAACUAUAUGUAAACAAACAUUGUAUAGCCUCAAAACAUGGUUAAAACUAUAAUUUUGGCCAUUCUUGAAUGCACAUUGGAAACUCUUGAGCAUGAAAAACCCAGCAGGGUUGCAGUUCUUGACACAAACUGGUGCGCCUGGCACCUACUACCAUACCCAGUUCAAAGGAACUUAAAUAUUUUGUCUUGCCAAUUCACACUCUGAAUGGUACACAUACACAAUCCAUGUCUCAAUUGUCUCAAGGCUUAAAAAUCCUUCUUUAACCUGUCUUCUCCCCUUCAUCUACAAUGAUUGAAGUGAAUUUAUCAAGUGGCAUCAAUAAAGGAUCAUAGCUUUCACCUGGAUUCACCUGGUCAGUCUAUGUCAUGGAAAGAACAGAUGUCCUUAAUGUUUUGUAUACUCAGUGUAGAUACUGCUCCUACUUCAUAGAUCCUACUAUAUUGACACUAUAAAUCUUAGUAUAAAGUGGCAAAAUGAGUGUCUGCGUUACAGGGUGUGCAAGAGCAAGACGUAAAACAAAAACAUAAAACGGAGAUAGUGAUUCAAAAUGAAGAUAUAAAAGAAAAUGAUUUCCAUAAUUAUUUCGUUUUUAAAUAGUAGAAUCAAUGUUCUUAAGAUGUUGUCUUCUCUCCACAGGAUCUGGGGAUAUCGAAAGUGGGUCAUAUGAAGAGAAUUCUUCAGGGAACUAAGGACCUGGCUAAGACCGCCAUGAUUGACCUC